GCCCAACGCAGCGGGGCGCGGUCGAGACUCUAGAGAAGCGAGCCGUGCCCGUCUCCCCAUCCGCUCCAGUGCUCCACACUCCUUCCCAUCCCCGCCGCCGCCGCCGCCGCCGCCGCCGGAGAAGUCGAUACCUCCAGCGGAGCAAGGUGGGGCCGACUGCCCUGACGCAAAUUCGCCGAAAUCUCCGCUUCCUCUUCUUGUUUACUCAGCUCUCUCUCUCUCCGCCGGCGAGGCAUCUUCGUCAUCUUCGUCUCCGGCCUCCUUACUAGGAUCGACUUAUUGAUCGGUCAUGGCGUCGUCGAGCGCGGCAGCUGCUAGUGACAGCCAGGGCCUGAAGCCUCGGGAUGUCUGCAUCGUCGGCGUCGCCCGCACGCCCAUCGGCGCCCUGCUCGGGUCGCUCUCGUCGCUCCCCGCCACCAAGCUCGGCUCCAUCGCCAUCCAAGGCGCUCUCAGGAGGGCGAACGUCGAUCCGGCGCUCGUGCAGGAGGUGUUCAUGGGCAACGUCCUCAGCGCCAACCUCGGCCAGGCCCCGGCAAGGCAGGCCGCCCUCGGCGCCGGCUUGCCCAACACCGUCCCCUGCACUACUGUCAACAAAGUUUGCUCCUCGGGAAUGAAGGCUGUCAUGUUCGCGGCGCAAAGUAUUCAGCUGGGGAUCAACGACGUUGUGGUCGCUGGUGGCAUGGAGAGCAUGUCCAAUGCCCCCAAAUAUGUGGCAGAAGCAAGACGAGGAUCACGGUUCGGACAUGAUGUCCUAGUCGAUGGGAUGCUUAAAGAUGGCCUGUGGGAUGUCUAUAACGAUUUUCCGAUGGGGAUGUGUGCCGAACUGUGUGCAGACCAGCACUCAAUCUCAAGGGAGGAGCAGGAUUCUUAUGCUAUUCUCAGCAAUGAACGUGGAAUAGCAGCUCGGGACAGUGGUGCAUUUUCUUGGGAGAUUAUUCCUGUUGAAAUUUCUUCUGGUAGAGGGAAACCACCAGUAGUUGUGGACAAGGAUGAGAGCCUUGCGAAGUUUGAUCCAGUAAAGUUGAAGAAACUUGGGCCCACUUUUAAGACAAAUGGUUCUGUAACUGCUGGCAAUUCUUCUAGUAUCAGUGACGGUGCAGCUGCAAUUGUCCUUGUCAGUGGAGAGAAAGCUAAGAAUCUUGGCCUUCAAGUUAUUGCAAGGAUCAGAGGGUAUGCUGAUGCUGCUCAGGCACCUGAGCUGUUUACGACUGCUCCAGCUCUUUCUAUUCCGAAGGCUAUAUCAAGUGCGGGUCUUCAAACUUCGCAAAUAGAUUAUUAUGAAAUAAACGAGGCCUUUGCUGUUGUUGCAUUGGCUAAUCAGAGGCUUCUUGGUAUCCCUUCUGAAAAUCUGAACUUAAGUGGUGGCGCUGUUUCUCUGGGCCAUCCUAUUGGUUGCAGUGGUGCACGGAUUAUAGUAACUUUACUUGGGAUUCUUAGGCAGAAACAUGGGAAAUUUGGUGUCGCUGGAGUUUGCAAUGGUGGCGGAGGUGCCUCAGCCCUAGUUUUAGAGUUAAUGCAACCUUCUUCGCAUAUCCGUUCUUCAUUGUGAAGUUGGUGCGAGCAAAUACGCAGACAUGAAUUGUAUACUGUGUGUUUUCACUGUAUCUUUUGUUAUUUGUAGGGAGGAUUAGUCGGUGUUGUAUAUGCCAGAUGUAUGGUACAAGCAACACCUGUAAAAUAAAAUGAUCUUGUGCUACAAAGCACAGAUCAUUAUCUUGUACCCUAUAAGGCAAGCAUAGGCGUAUAGCAAAUGAAAAUAACAGAGGGACAGAAGAAUAAUAUACGGAUAUUGUCGUCGGGUUACUGAAACUAGCUAUGGGUACUGAACGACUGUCAUGUUCAAGAUUUUUGUUAAUCAUUUUUGUAAUAUGAGCAUAAAGUUUCCACCUUGCCUCAUGAAGAUAAGAAAAAUGUUUACACCUCUACAAGAGGAAGAUUA